AUGGGCGCUUCUAUGGCGAGAAAUUUAAUGAAAAAUGGCCAUAAAGUCAUUGUUAACGAUGUAGUACCUGAAUCAGUCAGCGCUUUGAAAAAUGACGGUGCUGAAGUUGCUCAAACUGCAGCAGAGUUAGCUAGCAGAACAUCAACUAUUGUGACAAUGUUGCCAUCAAAUCCUCAUGUACGUGAAGUUUAUACCGGCAGUAAUGGAUUGUUUAGUACUGCAAGCCAAGAUUCCUUAUUCAUUGAUAGUAGUACAAUCGAUCCGGCUGUAUCACAAGAAAUGGCUGCAAUAGCUUCCGAAAAAGGAAGUACUUUUAUGGACGCUCCAGUUUCUGGAGGAGUUGUAGCGGCUCGCGAUGCGUUAUUAACAUUUAUGGUUGGAGGCCCGGAAGAAAAGUUUGAUGAAGUUAAGAGUAUAUUAGAUUGCAUGGGGAAAAAUAUUGUUCACUGUGGCAAAGUUGGAACCGGACAAGCAUCAAAAAUUUGUAACAAUAUGCUUUUGGCUAUUGGCAUGAUUGGAACAUCUGAAACAAUGAACUUAGGAAUAAGGCUCGGCCUAGAUCCAAAAUUGCUGGCAAAAAUUCUUAACAUGAGCUCAGGUAGAUGCUGGUCUAGCGAGGUAUAUAAUCCAUGCCCAGGAGUAAUUGAAGGUAUUCCAUCCAGUAACAAUUAUGAAGGUGGAUUCGGAACUGCUCUAAUGACCAAGGAUCUAGGUUUGGCUCAGAGUGCUGCAAACGCUACGAAUUCUCCUACGCCCUUAGGAUCUCUUGCCCAUCAGCUGUAUCGCGUACUAUGUAACAAUGGCUAUGGGAAGAAAGACUUUUCAGUAGUAUUUCAAACUUUAAAAGAAGAAGAAUAG